GGGAAAUCCGAAAUACAACGAAUUCGUGAUCCCUUGACCCAAACACGCUGAUGUUUACAGUUAGAACAGUACAGAUACAAAGUUGAGCUUGAGCACUCAUGGCAUCUGGUGGUGGGGGAGGAAGAGGGGCUGGCCUCGGGCGGGGAGGAAGAGGAGCCGCCUUGCUUCAAGCUUUGGCCAGCAGUCAGAAACCAGGCUCAUCAGAGGAGAAGCAGUUGCCAGCCAGCCAACUGUCUGCUGCAGGAGCGGCGCCGGUCCCUUCGGUGGCCCCGAGUGCCGCCCCUUUGGGACGAGGUUCUUUACUGGCCGGUCUGAAACAGUCCUUGCUGGCAAAGCAGCAACAGCAACAGCAGCAGCUUCAGCAACAACAGCAACAGCAGCAACAACGUCAACAGGAGGAGACUCCUCAGCCUGUCCCACAGCGAGAUGAGCCGCCGGCAAAGCCAAUGGGGAGAGGUCUGGCGGCCAUGAAAGCCUUGCUGUGAGUAGUCAGUCAUUGUACUGUUCUGAAAUGUGACUUAAAUGUUUUGUUUCGUAGCCCAGGGCCCCCAGUUCCACUCUCUGUGCUAUCUUGUUCCUCCUGUAACACCUCUAAUCCUCAGCACUCGUAUGACCUUGUUGUGUUGCAAGUGCGGUAAAACUCUUACUGAAACAAACAAAUCAUGAAACUGUUGAGAUUGAAUCAGUUAUGUUUUAAGUUUUUUUGUUUAUUUGUGGUUGUUUUGGAGUGUGCUAAAGUGUGGUUUGUGGGUGCUUGGCGGG